AUGGCGAAGGCGGGGUCGACGGAAAACGCCGCGGCGACGCCAGACGAAUCUCAGCCGGCGCUUCCCUGGGCGGCAUCACGAUCGGGGGAGGUCCCGAAGGAUGCAAGCAGAGGGGAUGGCAUGGAGGACAACGCGGACGAAGACAUGGGGGUGGACGAUUUGAAGGGGGCCUUGGCCGCCGCGUGCCCUCUCGAGGCUGUGGGGCUGCAGGUGAACGACAAAAUAGAGGUUAAGUGGGAGGUGGAGAGUGAAAAUGGGACCAUCGUCACUCGGUGGUGGGGUGCCCGAGUUCUGCACCUGGACGAGUCACAGACUGCAGGAGGCGUUGGGAAAGUCUGGGUGGUCAUGUAUGAUCCUUUUGGGAGCUUUUCCGCUGAACAGGCAAAGAUCAUCUUCCUAUCAGAAAGGCAUAUUUUUGACGUGUCUGAGGGCGUGGAAAUGCGUUGGCGAAAAGAGGGGGAACUCUUGGGCGACACAGAAUUUGAUGAGGAUGGUGCUGAGAUGAAGACCCUGAGUGAUAUCAUUGAAGAGGGCGAACUGGCAGGCUUGAGCGAAGAAAAAUGCGCCGAAUUGGAACACACCGCAAUGCAAAAGCUCCCAAUCGCCAACCAACAGGCAUUGGCUGCCGGCUUUCAAGAAUUCAAGGACAGCCUCGUGAGGUUUCUGAAAAGGAAGGAGGAAGAACUUGGAGAACAUACUGUCAUCGGUGAAAAAGACGUCGCUGAUUUUGUGGCGGAGAUGUCCAAAAAGUCCAAGCGGAAAUGA